CGCAAAUAAGUUUCUUUCAUAGAAAAAACGACCUUUAUUCGAAUUACUAAUAAAAUUCCUUUGUCCUCUUUCUACAAUCUUCCCCUAAUUCCUAAUCCAAGGAAAAAACGAUGAUGGGAAACCACACCGGCGGCGGCGGCGGCCCGAAGAAACGCCAACGCGUCAACAGCAGCAGCCGCCUCUCCUCCACCGCCGCCGUUAUCGACUCCUCCCGCCCUGACAUAACCCUAACCGAAGCAUCCCACAAGCCAGCCCCCGCCACCCUCCGCCGCUCCGCCUCUCACUCCUCCCUCCCCACCCCCUCCUCCUCCACCUCACGCGGCGGAUUCAACGACGCUGCCACCGCCGACGUCAUCCUCCGCCUCUACCUCGAAAAAACCCCCUCCCCCUUCGACUCCUCCCCCGACGACUCCGAGUCCAUCUCCGCCGUCGAUUCCGUCGACAAGCCCGACGUCCAGGUGUACCUCCACUCGCACGUCCUCGCCAGAUCCAAAUACUUCGCCGCGCUCUUAUCGGAUCGAUGGCAGAGAGAGAAUUACGACGGCAACAACAACACCAACACCGAAGCCGAUUGCGAGAGCAGUGACAAGAAGAUUCACCGCUUCAACUUUGGAGUUGCCGCGGUAACUGGGUCGAUCGACAACCACUUGACCGUUCUUCAGCUCCUUUACACCAACGAUUUCUCUAAUGCGAUCGAUAGUGUAUCGACGGCUUUGUAUAUACUUCCUGUGGCGCUCGAGCUUUUGUUCGAAGAUUGUGUUAGGUCGUGCGUGAGGUUUUUGGAAGCCGUGCCGUGGACCGAGGAGGAAGAGAGGAGAGUUGUGAGCUUAAUUCCGUUUCUCAGCGAGGAAGAGUCUAAGGAGCUUCUGUCUAGGGUUUCGCCGUUGAGGAACGAGUUGGGUGAAGAAAUGCUUUACGGAUUGAUUCUCACGGCGAUUCACAACUACAACCAGCUGAACAUGGCGUUCGCCAAGGCUUUCGUGGCGAAGCUCCUGAGGGACUUCUCGUCGAAGGAAUCUGCAAGGAGAGUGUUGGAUCGGGUGUUCGAGAUGAGUUUGAAGGUCGUGAAGGAGUCGUUGGAGGAGUACUCGAGUCCGGAAUUUCGAGGGGACCAUAAGGAGACGGAGGCGAUUCAGAGGUUGAAUUUGCAUACGGCGAUGACCAAUGGGAGGCAUUUGGUGUGGCUGGUGGAAAGGAUGAUUGAGUUGAGAGUGGCAGAUAUGGCUGUGAAGGAGUGGAGCGAGCUGUCUGCGUUCACAGCGGAUUUACAGAGGGCAUUUCGAGAUGAUGCUUGGAGGAAUAUCGUACCGGCGCUUCCUGCUGUUGUGAUGCGGACCACUUCUAAGCUUGCCAAUGCUAUUGUUGUUGGACACAUUUUGGCUCCUAGACAGGUUAGGAUGAAGCUAGUUAAAGAUUGGCUUCCGGUGCUGAUUGUGUGCAAGGAAAAUGUUUCACCCAUCAUGCCAAAUCAAAAAUUGCUGUAUUUGGAGCUUGAAGAAUCAUUUCUGAAAAUUAUAUCCACUCUGCCCAUGUUGGAUGCACAGGAGCUGCUGCAGCAGUGUCUCAGCUUCUCGACUCGAAAUGUUGAUGACUGCCCUCAUUUAGUAAAUGCAUUCAACACCUGGUUCCGGCGUGCAAAUCGUCCCCAACAUUCUGAAAACCCUGGUGACUAGGAUGUCGAACUUGUGCUGACAGUUAGAAACACCAUGUCCGUUUGCUCUACCACAGGUCUAUGCCUUUCUUGUUAAAUACUUGUGCAGUUGAAACCGGUAACUUUGUACAUACCUGGGUCUGGUUGUGGCCUGUGCGGUGAAAGUAAAUUGUUUAGAUAUCUUGCAUCGGCUGCAGUUAACUUCUUGUACUUCGAGAAGCAAAUCUUUGUUGCUGCUUUUCUAGUUUAUUUGAUGGGUUUUACUUUGGCGUACUA